ACAUUGCAUACAAAAGUUGUGAGGGAAUCAUCGCCAGUGCGGGAAAAGGCGAAUUUCGGCCUCACGGGGACGCAGAUAAAUCGCGAAUUUGUGACAGGAUCUAGCCCGCAGCUGCCGUGCUCGCGGACUCGAUCGGUUCGUGCGUGAAAUCGGUCCGGGACGCGUACAGUGAGUAAAAAACGAGCCGCGAGCCGCACGGGUUCUCCGAGUUGGACUGCGGAGACGUUUCUUGUGUUUUUUUUUUGCUCUGGUCGACCUGCGAGCGGUCGGCGGCCCGACGUUUAGUCCGCCAGGUCGGUGGACGUUUGUUUGCGUUUCGCAGUGCCGCGUGAGCGCUCCACAGCUACCGUGAUCAAUGGCCGCGUGAAUUGCGGCGGGUUUUAUUCAAGGCGGGCGUGAAAAGCCGUGCAAAGCUGAGAAUUCCGGGGGCCCCUGUGCCGUCGUUUGUGCAUUUUUUGGUCGACUCGGACCCCAUCGAGUUGUCGACGAGAAAAAAUCUCGGCUGGGAUAUUUUUGUGCCCUUGGCGGGGUGGUGUUGGUGCGACGGAUGGCGCCGUGAGUGAGUGUCAGUGCGAGUGUACAGUGUGGCGUAGUGUAAGUGCGUCAAUGUGCGUGAUCCGUCGGUUUUUUUCAUGCGAGUUCGAUCUCCUGUGCAGGAAAUUUGGGCCCUAGCUCGCGGCGACGCGCUUUGCUUUCACGCCGAAUUUCACGAGUGCUCGGCCGAGCACGGGGUACUUGGGGCUAGGCAAGGCUGACAGGUGUCCGGGCUGCUUUCGGGCGAAGUUUACGGGCGCCCGAGCGCGUGGAAUUGCUGGAAAAUCGGAAAACGUGAGAAUUUCCCCAACUGAAUGUUUUCAAGUGAAAAAUGACGGCGCGUUGACGGUCGUACCGCGAGUGUAAGAGUGUUGGUGCGAAACGAAUGCAAACGACGACGGCGCCGAACACGACCGAGGCUGUGGAGCGAACGAGACGGGACGAUUGCGAGUCGGUGGUAUACAAACACGCGUGCGAAUUGUCUGGUUUUUGUUUGAUUUGUGUUUUUCGCGUGGUUCCGGUACUCAGUGAACGGGAAUAUUCCCAAUUGAAAAUUCUGGACCUCCCGGCGAUCUAGAGAACGAGGAAACACCUCCAGAACCCGCCGAUGCUGGGAUCCAGGCGAAAUGAACGAGGAAUCAUGGAUUAGAUCGAAGGGAAUUUCAGCGCAAGAGUGUGUGUGAGUGCAUGUGACAUUGCCGCAGCGAGGUGUGUGCGUACCUUGAGAAUGCCCGCAAGGGAUUCCAUGCUUUAGUCCCGAAAUCGCCCCAUCCCGGCCGAAUUCCGCAACUUAAUCAAACGGGAAUCGUGGCAAUUGUCCCGGUCAGUGAAAAUCCCGCAAAUUGCAUGAGUUCCGUGUGAAAUUUCCGUAAAACUCGACAAAUACUUUGUUCAUUGCUUUGGCAUACACACGCACACAUACAAGCGUCUGAUUCGAAGUCGGAUGUAAUUUUGACAAUUGGCCGGAGUCGAGUGCGAGUGAGAUGGUGUUAUCGGAGUGUCAAUGCCGUGCGAGUGAGAAGCACUGCCUACAAAGAAGUGUCUGCUUUAGCACCAGAAAAAAUGCAAUUUUCCACUUUGAAUGUCAAAAGUUUGUACUGUAAAAAAACGCGCCUGUUUUUGGGAAUUUCUCGCACGCCCGAAUGGAGUCAGACGGCCGGAAGUGAAGCGAAUUCCUCGAUGUUAAUGGAAAUCAGUCCAGAACGGGUUUUAUGCGCGCAACCCAAGCGGGAGAGGUCCCAAUAGGAAACGUCCCCAAGUAAUCACGGUCCCCCCGGGUACGGCCAAGACUCUGCAGGACCCCGGAUACCUUGAACCCAACCACCCUCCGCGUGCCCAAUUUGUAACUCUCGCGAGCCAAACCCAGACCAGUGAAUGAUGUUGUCGCCGCAACACGUGAAUCCGCCUGAAUCUCUCGCACAUGGAAAAAUAUGGAACCUGCAGGUGACGAUAUAACGAAAUCGAUCCCGAAAUCGCAUUCAGUGCUGCCCCCGGGUGCAGGCAGCGGCGGAAGUGGAGGAGCCUCGAUUAACUGCAUUGGCGGCACCAGCCCAGGUGGCCAACAGUUGACCGGCAAACAGAUCCGGCAGCAGAUUCAGCAGCGGAACCGGCGGCGCGAACGUGCCCAACGUAUGCAGGCCGAGCGUGACUCACGGGAGCGCAGCAACACGGCGGGCAUAAAUACAACGAACAAUAACGGCGGUGGCGGUCACGAGAGCAGCGAUGUCACGGACACAACGACCACAUCUAACCCCGGCGGCGGGUCGUUGACGACCCUGAGCGUGGGUGGACCGCAACAGGACCUCCUGCCCCCUCCCAACCUGAACCAUUUGAACGGCACCGUCACGUCCGAUACGUCGAUGGACACUUUGCCGCCCGCGGCCACCGUUACCUCCCAUCACAAUGCCACAAACAAUAAUAGUGCGCGGGCUCAGUCGAUUCCCGCUUCCGUUGGUGAAACGGAUGACGAUCGGGAAUGUUCCGACGAUGAGGAGUCAGUGGAUGAGGAUCUCAUGUCGACAUCGUCCUCGUCGACGAUGUUGCAUGAUAAACCGCGACCGCCACCGCCGAUCAGGCGUAAAAACUUGAAUAACAAUAAAAAGUGCGUCAUUAAGGACGAUGACGUGUCAUCGCCAAUUUUGGAGGAGGAUAUCAUCGAUGGAUUCGCUAUUCUGGCAUUCAAAACUUAUGAAGACUUAGAGUACGCUAUCAAAUAUGGUCAGAAACGUAAGGAGAAACGUUUAUCGGCCCUGGACGAACUGACAACAUUGAUAAUUGAUAAUAAACCACCAAAAAUUAUUGAUACGACAAGUAAUCGUAUCGAUCAAGAUAAUCGUGAUCGUGAACGUGAAUGGACAAACUUCCAUCAUCAAACAAAAUUGAGCUUAGUUAAUAAUAAUAAUAACAACAAAAAUAAUAAUCAAAAUAAUAGUAGUAACAAUAAUAGCAGUAAUAAUAGUAAUGUUAAUAUUAAUAAUAGUAGUAAUCAUGCACAGAAUAAUUUGAUUAAUCAUACAUCUCAUAAUUCAAUUACACUCGCUCAAGAUGCUGGAACUUCAGAUGACAGCGGUCGAGCAUCGGAACGGUUAACAACAUCAUCUGUAGCACCACGUGAUGCAGAUAGCUCUAGGCUAAGUGAUGCAAGUAGUCGUUGCAGUUCUGGCAAAGGAUAUAUCUGUGAUAGUGAAGGAGACGAUGAUAAGGGUUCUGAUGGAGGGUCAGUGGUGUUUCCGUCAACACCAACACAAGUUACAAAUACAACACCAAGUCCGGCAGCACCACGAAAAUCAUCCGAUUUUCCACAAACUGGUCUGCCUCUCAGCAACGGACCAUUGGGGCUGGGAGGCAGCGCUAGUCCAGUGCCUGUACCUCCUGGUCCUGGUCCAGCACCGCCGGCACCAUCACCAGCACCAGCAGCACUACCGCCACCAAGCCUGCCACCGCCUUAUCCUACACCAAUGCAGGUCUCAAAUGGUCCUAUAAGUACACAUCUAACGCCUAUAUCCAAUCAACAAGCUGCAUCGCAGUCACAGUCGAAUUUGGUUAAGCCAAUGCCAACAGCUGCUAAAAUUCCACCCAACUGCACAAGUACAUCACCAUUGCCAUCAAUAAAAUCACAGUCUGCGCAAGCACAAUCGCCUGGCAAACAACCGCAACAGCCACAGGUGCAGCAUCCACAACAGCCUUCAUCUCAACAGCCACCACAGCAUCAUUCACAGUCACAGGUGCAACAACAGCCCCCAUCUCAUCCGCAACAAUCACCAGUGUCGAUAGGAAAUUUAGUAGGGCCACCGUUGACGACAUUAGCAAAUGGUUUCGCUUCGUCAAUACCACCAUCGAUAACAACGUCACAUCCGAUUUCCAGUUCAAGGAUAUCGCCAGCAUCACCACAACAUCCGCCUGGUCCACCACAUCAUUCACAUCACGCACAGCUUCAGCAACCGCAAACAGCGCAACAAUCGCAAGUGCAACAACCGCAAUCGCAGGUACCACCUUCCCAGCAGCAGCCCCAACCACAGCAACCGCAGCCAAUGCCUGCAAGCAAUGGAAAUAGUAAUAGUAAUAGUUUAAGUAAUAGCAGUUUAGUACAACUACCGGCAUCGCUGUCAGUACCAGUGCCUCAGCCCCCUCCGGCUACGGCACCUGCUGCACCUCCGCCAGUCUCCCAUCACCCCGGAUUAGAUAGCGCAGCGACAGCAGCAGGAGGCGGUCGAACGAAUAGUCCGGCCGUUGCAACGAGUGCGGUUCUAUCCGCAACUGCACCCUCUUUAAAUGGAAGCAGUAACGCCCCCAAUCACGCAACAAAUGGAAGCAUUCCGCCAUCACCAUAUCGGACACCAUACAAUUACAUGUAUACGCCGUACAGCGCUUUACAUCAUAAUCACAGCCCCUACUUACCUCCAGCUGUGACCUCUCCGACUGCGUCUCCACGGGCGGUUGAUUCAAGAACAAACCGAGAAUCACCGCUGGUGUCAAAGCCUGUACGACCUUUAACCCCGUCAAGUGCAGCUGGAAGCCAACCACCUACGAUAUUAGGAAGCAAUGGGCUACCGCCCGCACCCGCACCGCCACCUACUUCUCAACAGGGUCCGCUCCAGCAAUCUGGCCAAUCACAAUCUGUUGGUGUAACACAGUCGACAUCGUCGCAACAACAGUCUCAACAUUCAUCACAGCAGGCGCAAUCUGCACCUCAUCUACAUCAGCCGCAGCAUGCGCCACAUAGAUCUUCGCCGCACUUGCUGGGCGCCACGGGUACUAGUAGUAGUAGUUUAUGUAACAGUAGUAACAGUAGUGGUCCACCGCCGACAGUGCCGCCUUCAGGUCUCAGGGAUCAACAGCAACCACAGUUGCCGCCGCAUUCGCAGCAUUCGAUGGUAACAAACUCAUCUGUGAUUCCGCGAGCCCAUUCACCGAGAGGACAUAGCCCAAAUCGGGAAAGGGAUAGCUAUAGUAGUAAUGUAAGCAGUUUGUCGCGUUCUUCAACAACUCCCAGCGCUGGUGGUGUGCCGUACAGUAGUGCACCAACAGGUCCAUCGCCCUCGCUGCCAUAUAGCAGUAGUUCAGUUGGGGCCACGUCGUCCCCAGUGCCACUGCCACCUUCAUCAGUUGCCGGUGCAACAUCGUCUUCUAGUCUUGCUUAUCCAAAAAGCUCAGCGUGGUCAAGCACAACUACAACGCAACUAUCGCCAGCGAUAACAAAUACGGUAACCCGGCCAACUCCACCGCCAGCUGUGCCCGUUUCCGUGUCACCUCUACAUUCAAGUGCAUCAACACAUCCCACUUUUCAACAACCCUUAUUCGCUGCACCGCUUCCUCCUCCGGCCGUAAGCUCAUCCUCGGCUGCUCCGCAUCCAUUUUCGGCUGAAUCGUUAUUUCAGUCCAGUAAAACCGAUCAAGCAGACUUACUACGUCGCGAGCUGGACAGUAGGUUUCUCGAUCGAACCGGAUUGGGUCCAGUUCCGCCACCUACAUAUCUUCGCCAAGAACUGCAUCAUCAUCAACAUCAACACACGCACUUACAUCAACAUCAACCAAUAUUGCCGGCAGCGCCACCUGCUCCGGCCCCAUUAUUUCCCCCACCAUUGUAUAAGGAUAUUCCGAAAAUGGGUGCUGUCGAUUCGCCAUUCUAUCGGACGGGUCUGGGAAUGCCUGCUUAUCCGGGCUACUCGCCAAGUUUGCUGCAUCCUGGACUUGGGGGUCCAACACCGUUUGUGCCUCCUAACCAUCUACCAUCCUUCGCGCCAAAGCAGCCACCUUCUGUCGUUGAUCCCACUAAGCCUAAGCAAAUGAAAACCGGCCGAUGGAAUGCUAUGCACGUACGUAUUGCGUGGGAGAUCUACUACCAUCAAGCCAAACUGAAUCCAGAAAAGACUGCAACACCAUCAUUGGGUGUUAAAGCGUCCGUUACGGACAUGCUACGACCGCCAUCCCAUAUGUUUCCUCAAUCGGCAGCAGCCGCUGCUGCAGCGAGUUUAUCCCGACCUCAUGAAUUACCCCCGGCUGGUUAUCCAGUGGGAAUACCUGGUCGAACACCAUUCGAUACUGCUCCACUGCCAGCAAGUUUUUUGGCCGGACCAACUAGUCAUUUAGGGAGUGCAGUGUCACCGUUUGGACGAUAUGGUGCUCCACCAUUUGGUACAUCACCAUUUCCAGGACUCUCGCCAUUUUCGCGAGACUUACAGAUUGGUGCAUCGUUACAUGAUCCAUGGCGAAGCCCACUACAACGAACCGUUCCCGGUUAUCCACCUGCUCCAGGCCAAGGAUCGUGGCCUUUAAAACCCGACCCAGGAUUAGAUGCUGCCCGUCGUGAAGCUGAAGAAAGAGAACGUGAAAUGCGUGAACGCGAGCAACGAGAACGUGAACGACAACGACGUGAACGUGAAGAGCGCGAAAGACGUGAAAAGGAAGAAAAAUUGAAACGUGAACAACAGGAACGAGAACGAGAGCGAGAACGUGAACGUGAACGGAAAGAGCGUGAACGACGUGAAAUGGAGCGACGUGAAAUGAUGGAGAGAGAACGACUGCUUCAACAACGAGUUAACGAAAGCUCGAAAAUGGCAGCUGCGGCCGCUGCAUCGAAUGCAUCACGAGACCGAUCUCCAAUACGAAACGGAACAGAUGCUGAAAUUCGAGUUAAAGAAGAAAUGCCCCGAAAAGAUGAUCCCGAACUUCUGAUGCGAACUGAUCCCCGAUAUCACACCUCAUCGGCGGCUCUGGCUGCUGCCCAAGUUGCGGCCCAUCAUCACUCCUACAUGGCUGCACGACAUGGACACGUGCUUGCACCGCCACAUCCAACUUUAACCAGAUCAAUGAUGCCACCCUCCAUGGGUGGACCACCGAUGCCGCAUUUCUCUGCCGGGCCACCAGGCUGGCCGCCUACAAUUGAUCCCUAUCGUGAUAGUUAUAUGAUACCUAGAUACAAUCCUCUGGUGGAAGCUAUGCGUGCCGAUGAAGAACGAUACAAAAUGAAUAUGUUCGCUGCCCAUUCGGCUGCACAUUUACGGGGCAAAGAACCAAGCCCAGUACCGCCAUCUGUUGUAUCGCAAUCUCAUCAUAGACUGCCACCUGGCGCUAUUAAGCCACCACAACAACAUAUGCCUGGCCUUCCGGUUUCAGUUACUGAAAUGCACAAAAAGGACGAUUCAACGUCUGCUCGAUGAUAAUUUGUUAGUUUAAAUAGUGACUUAAUUCUAGUAAUUAUUCUAAUUAUGAAAUAACUAAAACUUGUAAAAAUAAAUCGCUAUAAAUAAAGAUGGAAAAAAAAAACUGAAAAAAUAAUGUAAAAGAAACAAAUUUAAUUAUUUAUAUAUACUUAAUGUAAGGAGAAAUGUAACAAAUGAAGAUUGAAUUAACACAUUUUUUUAGAAGAAAGGAAAAAUAUGAAAAAAAUUCGUAAAAGUUGUUGAAAACUCUAUAUCGCUUUCGAACUCCUAAAACUAUUGUCUCUGUAUUUCUUGUUUAUCAUCUUGGAAUUCACCCAAAAAAAGUAAAAAUUGAAUUUAAUUUCAUGAUUUUGGUGCCAUGAAAAGCCAACAAUAAUUAUUAAAAGAAAACAGAAAAUGUCCCUUAAACGAUCACAGAACAAAGGAAUUUAUAAGUUUAGUAUCUGAAAUAUGAAUUUAUCUCAAUCUGAAAUACAAAUUAAUAUAUUUUUGAUUUGAUAAUGAAUUAGUUUACGUUGCUAAGGCGGAAGUGAGGAGAAUACAUUUCUUUUAAAAACAAAAAACAAAAAGAGUUCUUGAAAAAGAGGGCGGAGUUAACGAAGCUCUCACGAAGCAUAGGAGUAUUAGCAGUUGUGUGUGCGCUGCUCUAUUUUUCUAUAUUUAUGAGUAACUUACUGAUGAGAAACUGUAAAACCAUUUGAACUAAAAUCAAGAGAAAUAUGUUAGCAAACAAAAACAAAAAAUGUAGAAUUUAAGGCGAAGAUCAUGAAAUGUUAUAAUCAGAAUAAUACAACCAACUUUGCAUCCUAAAAUGUGUAGAUUUAGAAAGAAGGGAAGAAGGCUUCACAUUUCCGGCUUAUUAUUUAGAACCAAGAAAAAAGAAAUGUGCAACCCUAGGUCACACGAAAAUCACUUUGAACUGUGAUAUUGAACAAAUUAGACAUGAUCUUAUCGUUUAAAAGUUUAGUGAAACUUAGAUCUCGAAAAAUAAUCUGUCGCCAAAUUUAUUGGGCGUAAUUUCAUAAUAAUUGUAACUCGAAACUUUGCUGCAAAGUCAUGAUCCAAACUAUAAUUCAGUAUGUUCUUCUUGAGGAUGCUGAGAAUCCUGAGUCCGCACCAUUUUAAUGAAGGACCGGACCACCUGGGAAGCAACUUACAUCCUCUUUUGUAGUCCACGGACUCCUCUCUUUUGAGUUAAACACAAAUUUUCAAAAAAGAACAAUAAAGCUAACUGACGGUUUCGUCCAUGGCAGAAGCAACUCAU